UAAAGACUCCUUUGUUUGUACUUGCUCAUGAUUAAAAUAUAUUAUGUCAGCCAUGACUGGAAGACAGCUGAUUGUGGGAACAAGAUGGUGAUGGUUGGACUAGAGGUGGGAAAUGUCUUUGUACAGUUAUCAGCAUUUUCUUCGUCACCGAUAAUUAUUAAAACGUUUGGGUAUGGAUACAACCCAACCUGCCUUGCAAACCAAAGACACGUGUCAAAUAAUUAGAAACGUACAUGUGUCGCUGGACAAUGACUUAAAUAAAGAUCAAUCAAGGACUACCUUAAGCGUAAGUGACAAUUGUGUCAAUGGCAUCGGGAAUGGAUGUAGCGUUAGGCCUAAAUGUAGGCCUAACGUCAGCUUACAUUGUACAGAUGAAAUUAACAACAGUGUUGGCCUCCAAAGUAAUAUUCUAGAAAUAUGCAGUGAUCAGGAAAGUCAUCAUGAUACACAGCAUACUGAAGUUGAAAGUGAAAUUUCUAACAAAAAUUGUAUAAAUUCUGAUGUUACUGCUGGUAACACGAUUGUUACAACUUGUGAACGAGUGUCAGACUCAAGGGCAUUACCACUGGAGCCUGAGGAUGGAGAAAAGCAAUCUGUUUAUUAUAAGACUUCUUCAAAGUCGGAAAGAAUUAAGACUUGUAUACAGAAUUCUGUGAGUGAGGAUGCGAAGAAAAAAAUAGAACAAAUUUUGAAUGAUGUCAGUAAGCUUUCAGAUGUGGAGAAAUUGUUGCUGUAUCUUCAGUUGCCAGCUGGUGUUCCAUCAGAUGUUGAUCCAUUAAAACAAAAAAACCCUGGAAAUCCACUAGGCAAGAAAGCAGAAGUUGAAGUUGCACAGACUUUUACUUGGAUUAAAACUCACCUAGAGGAGGAUCCAGAUGUUUCUUUACCAAAGCAAGAAGUAUAUGAAGAGUACAGAGUAUUUUGUGAAGCUAAUAAGAUUGAAGCAUUAUGUGCAGCAGACUUUGGAAAAGUGAUGAAGCAUGUUUUACCAUCUGUUAAACCUCGUCGACUUGGAACUCGAGGAAAUUCAAGAUACUGUUACUCUGGAUUAAGAAAAAAGCUACUUGUGGAUACUCCUAUGUUACCUGAGCUGGAUAUCAGUGGGGAAGUUGACACUGUCAAGAUACCUAAAGACAGUAGUGAAGAUGACCACUGUAGUACUGCAGCUUGUCACCUACUUUUUGAAUGGGCAGAAAAGCUGUUGAACAAGAAAUUUAGCUCUGUUAGAGAACUGGCUUACUUCCUAGUGGAAAACAUGUAUGUAGAUAAUCGAUCAGUAGCAGCAUUCACUGUUCUGUCUUCAGGAUGUGGAAGUAAUUCUGAAAAAGGUCAGACUGGUUUACUGAAACAUAUAUCUGGAAGUCGUCGAAAAGAAACUCAAAUGCAUCUCCAGAGAAAACUUCAGGAAAAAGAGCUCAUCAAAGAACAAAAACGAAAACUUCAAGAACAGAGAGCUCUUAUGUUUAAAGCACACUCCUCUAAGUCUUCGUUAGGCAAGAAAUCUUCAGGAAUUAGUUCAAAGUGGAAAUCUGGAUCACCAUCAAGCUCUUUAGAAAAGCAUUACAAGCUCAGCUCAUUUGGGGAUAUGGAGACUGACACCAUAAAAACAGAACAGUUAAUAACAUUAAAUUCUGAAUAUGGUGAUUUAGAUGAUGAAUUAAAGCGAGAAAGACACAAAUCAGAACCCUGCACUAAAUCAACUAAUGCCAGCAGUGUAAAAGAGGAAAGAGCUUUAUCUGUUAUAGGAAUUCCUGAAAAUUCUGAUGAGGAAAAAUCCAAAAGUGCAUCGGGAAAUACCAAUAAAGAUUGCUUUGAAACUGUACAAAGUCUAGACGAAGCAUCCAAAAGACUAAACAAAUUACCAAUUCCUAGGAAUAAUAGUAGUGUUUGUAUAACUCAAGCGAUGCCCAGUAUCAUUAUUGUGCCUUCUACAUUUUCACACCAAGUUCAAGUUCAGUCACAAUGUGGUCAGUCUUGUCAAAAGUCAAAUGUUUGGAAAUAUAAAAAAAUCCAACCUAAACCAAUGUCUGGCAGAACAAGGCUAGGUUCAUCAAAGUUCAAAAGAAAUUUGUCAGUACUUCGAUGCAAUAUACAGAAUAAAGAUGAGAGUCAUCAAAAACAAGAUGUGGAAUUGGCAUCUAACUUACACCUAAGUGCUUCAUCUAGCGAAAAAUGUGACACCUUAUGCAAACCAAGUACUUACAGUGUUGGAGGUUUAUGUGAUGACAAUCAGAAAGCAGAUGAAUUGGUGACAAAUAAAGUUGUAUCUUUUACCAAUGAUGCUUCUAUUGCGACACCGAAAACAAAUGACGUAAGUAAGGUAAAAAAUAAUAAAAUGGAAAAUGAUCCAAUGUCUUGUUCUCAAAUACUUCCAUUUACUUGCAUCUCUAGUACUAGCAUGAUACAGGCAAAGAUGAAUCAAUCAAGUAUUAGUGGACUUGAGGACCAUACAAGUUUUGAUGAAAAUGCAGAGUUAAAAUUUCACUUAGACUCAGUAAAGGCAACCAACAAUAUAGAUUUGGAAUUAUUUAGUGAAUUAAGCCAACAGACAGUCAAACGACAUUUUGAGGAAAAUGAACCUCUUAUUAUUACAUCCAAAAAACCUCACUUAGAAUCACAAAAGAAUGAAACAGAAAAGUCAGAAGAUGAAAGCUGUUUACCUUGGUCAAAAUUGGAGUCACAGAAUUGUACAGAAAAAACUUUUGAUAAUAAAAACACAGAAUUGGUGGAACUUGGAAAUAUUUAUACUCCUAAGAAUAGGGGUAUCAUAAAACAGACAGACAAUGAGGAAGUGAGUAUUCAUGAAUUGGAGAGUGAUGCGCUAAUGGAAUAUCUACAGGAAAAGGCUUCUUAUUUCUCAAACCCAGCUAAAUCUGCUUUAGUUCCUUGUACCAGUCAGAGUUUGGCAGCCCAUUCUUCAACAUUCAAUUUGCUAUCAAAAGAAUGUAGUAGUAACCAGAACAACCAGCUUUCACAGUUGAGGAUGCUCUUGGAAAAAAAUUUGCCACACACUGUUACACGAGGAGUCGGAAAUACAAGACAGUCAUUUAGAUCAGCAAAGGUCAUAGAUAAUCCAAAUAAUGCAAAUGGUGAAGAUAGUAUUAUGAAGAAAGAUAGUUACUGUGGUAACUUUAGCGAGCUGCGCCAAGCACUAUUAAGACCUGCCAUUUCAAAUCCAACCAUUCAUUGGAAACAGUCAUAUAAGGGCAGGAAGACAGCAAACAAAGGAAAUGGUGUGCUCUUAGGAAAUCAAAUGAAACAUCUUGAAAAACUUUCUGAUACAAAUGUAAUAUCACAUCAAACCUCUGUAGAGGAACAAGAAAUAGUUCCAUGCUUUCCAGGAUUACUAAAUAAUAAACUACUUUCACAGUCAAAAACACAAAAUUCACACCCAUUAACAAAUUCUCAAGAACAACAUCUUGAUCAAACUGUAAUUAAUUCAAAUUUAGAUGAUAUCCAGAAUGAGGUAGAUUUAUCCAUAAAUGAUAUUAAACUUGAGAAUCAAUUUUCAGGAGAUUUGGCUUCUUUUGCUCAUAUGCAUUCAGUACCUCCAAGUCCAAACACUCGACGAAGAGCUUUUAAUUUCCUUCCGAUAUCACCUCACCAAACCCCGUACUCUGAUAUAGCAGGUACUCCAAUCUCUGCAUCUCCAGUUCCUUCACAAGGAAGAGGAGGAGGAGGGUCAGGUAUUUUAACAGGAUCUAGUAUUGGAGCCAGUGGGACUUCUCAGCCACCCAGUGCUGCAAGUAGUCCAUUUGUUUCUCCUAACUCAACACCAAUACCGUGGACCACACGUUCACGACACAAUUCUGGGCAAACUUCAUAUGGAACAGCCAGGCAUACUCCCUUUCAAAAUAUGGAUUCUGGUGUUUCUUCUGUUACAAAUUCUCCUUUUGUAUCACCUCAUGCAACCCCUGCACCUGUUAGUAGACUUAGACACAAUUCUAGCCAAAGUCAAGGAAAGACUGUCACAUUUAGUGCAGGACCUAUUGUUAUGCAUACCCAGACUAGCCACCUUGGUCAUAUAAUGCGAUCAAGACACAGCUCAGGCCCAGGUGGCCCACCAUCUUUGCAACCUGCCAUCUCACAGUUAGCAGCUCCAAGAAGUGCUCCAAUGUCCCCAAUGAUAGGAGAGAAUUCUUCUCAAGACCCUUUUAACUUUUGCUCUUUAGGAGGAACACCAACAAUUCGUUCGCGCCACAAUUCAUCUUCCAGUUUAAAUCCAUUAUCUCCAGUUACAGGUCCUCUCUCUCCUAAUGAACAUGUUAAAACAGAAUUCUUAAGUUUUUCUAGUAUGGAUCUUGCCAGUGAGACUCAAAAUGCUGAUCAGCCCAUGGCAAUCACUGUUGCAAAUGAAGAUAGUGGGAAUUUAGGUCUCAUUCAAGAUAAUGUUCCUGCAACCCUUCAGUCUCAAGAGGUAUUCUCUUGGAAUCCUGAAAAACAGCAACUUUCAGCUCUUGAUGAAUCUGAUUCUCUGAUACCAUCACAAACUGGGUGGCCAUCUGUCUUCAGUGGUAAGAAUAAUCAGUUAUGGUCCGGAAACAGGCAGAGGCAUGUUUCUGGAUCAGUUCUAAACCACCAUUCUGCUAAUGGAACUGUAAGCAUGUGUGAUUCUCUUUCACAAGAAGUCCAAAAUUUUCUAAAAAAUUCACCCCAGAUUAGCAUUGGAAAUCGCAGUCACUCGGUUCCACCUCACCAAAUGGUUCAGAACUUGCUUGAUCAAUAUGGAAAUUCGGAACUGUCCGAGGAAAAUUUUUCCAAGUCUUACCCUGUUACACCAGUGGUUAAUCAGUCUUUUAGUUUCCCAUCAUCUUCUUUACCACAUAGCAUGAGUAAUCUUCAUUGUCAUGAAGAUGAACUUACAACAUAUAGAAAUAUUGUGUUAUCUGAUAGUUUAUCCCAGCAGGACCCUCUACAAACCUCAGUCAGCCAAGAUUCCAAGUGGAAUAGUUUUGGUAAUGGCUGUGAUAAUAUGGAAGAAGAUUCAACAAGAAAAAGUGUAAACGAUUUGUUAGAUGACCGACCAUUAGAAGAUGACCUUCAGGCCACACUAGAAGAUCUAAGGGCUUGUGACGAUUUUUCCCAGUUUGCAGAAGAAUUGGAAGAAGACUUUAAAGACAGCAUGGGGGUAGUGAUUUAAAAUAAUUUUAUUGAAAAUGUGUAAUCUACUAACUAAUGAAAUAUAAACAUUUUUUACACACCUUAGAAUAGUAUGUUUUAUGAUAGUAUGUAUUUCUGCAUUACACUAGAAAUGUUAUUAAUCCUCUGUGGUGGUUUGUUUCCGUGUUUUGUAAAAAUAGAGUAUUGAAUUUAUGGACCACUCACUUUCAGUAAUAAGUGAAUUAAAAAAAGGAAUUCUCAGUGUUUGUGAACUACAAGGUGAUAAAGAUGUUGCAAAUAUCAUUCACAUACUUUCAAGAACGAAAUAUUGCAAUCAGGUAGUGAGUAGUAUGUGGUGAUUCAAAAUUAGUGAAAUUGUCAUCAGAAGAAGUGUAACUGUGUUUUCAAGAAAAGGUGAGGAGCAUGUGUAAGUUUAAGUGAUGUUUAUUAGUUUUCAAUUUUAUAAAUGAAUUGAAGACUGGUGAAUUUUAGUAUCAGAUAUAAUGCCAUGUUGCAUUUCUUUGUAAUAAAAUUCUGAGGAUAUUAACUAAUAACAUUUUAAAUAUUGAAGGAGUUGCUUGAUUUUUUUUUUAUACUUUCCAUACAUUAUCACAAUACUAUUAAAUUUGUACACGUUAACUCUUAUUUUUCUACAGCCAGAUUGAAACAUAAAUGGAACUUCUUUGAGGCAGCAUUUUAGUUAUAGUUUAUAGAAUUCAUGCUUUUCUUUAUAUUGUAUAACUGACAAAAAAUUCAGUAUCUGUUACAAGUGAAAUUGUAAUUCGUACUAGUAUAGAGAAUUAUGUGAAUUUUUCACUAGAGUAAAAAAUCAUUUUAGUAGGAGUUUCUCUUUUUGGUUAUGGAUAAAAAAUUAAAUUGUUCAAAAAAAAUAUUUUAAAAGUGUUAUCUCAGAGUAGUUAUAGGCAUUCUAAAUUAAUAGUGUUGUAGUAUAAUUAGCAAUAAGUUAUUGAUCAUUGUUGUAAUGUAUCUAUUUCAGAAUAGGAGGGUCUUCAAAAUAUUGUCAUUUAAUUCAUGUAAUUCUGCCUGAAAUUUAAAGAAUGCAAUCCAAGACUGAAAAGAAAGGACUUUUGGCACCAGAUUACAUUUGCUAUUAUACUCAGCUUUAUCAGGAGUAUUUACUAUACAGGUACAUUAACAACUUGAGUAUGAUAUCUGAUAUUUCUAUAAUAAAUACUUACACGUUGUUAUAACAAUGCACAUAAUAUGACAAUAGAAGGUACACAUUCAUAGUGAAAAUGCAGAAAUUAAAGCAGAUAUAUUAACAUUGUAGUGUCAUACUGUACAUAUAUACACAAUUAAGAAAAACAAAUAGAUAGUGGCUGAUCUGUGCUAUAAAUCUUUAAGCAUAUGUUUUAGUCUUGUAAACUGACCUUGUAUUAUUAUAACUAAAAUAGAAUAUAUUCAAAUUUACAUUUAUACAAACAAACAUUCUAUGAAAUAAGUGAACAAAAAUCAGAAGUUUUCUGUAGUAAUUUUUCAAAAUUUUAAUAUCUGAAAUCUCAUAAAUGUAAAAGUUUUAAUGUAUCCCAAACAUAAGUAUGUUUACAUAGGAAUUUUAGGAAAGAAAACAAUGUGUUAUUUUUAUAUAUUUUAAUACUCUAAGAAAUCUGUUACACCUUGAAGCAGAUUCAUCCUGUGUUCUAUUUGGCUGUAGAAAAAACCUCGAAUAUAGGGUUACUUUUUUAGCAUGUUCACAAAUUUCUGAGAUAUUCUGGCAGACCAUUUCACCAAUUUGAUUAUUCAUUGUAACAGAUUUGAUAUACAUGGUUUUUGUAGAAAUUGAAACAAAAUUUGAAUAUUCUUAGUAUAAGAAAUUCAUUUAUAUGCAGUUCAGUGGACACUUUCAGAGUGGAUUAUAUAUAAUGUUCAUACUAAAGUAACAACAAAGAAAUGACAGCAUUGUACUACUGAUAGCAUAUUUGUGCAUGCUUAUUUGAUCUUUACUAUAAGUUGUUUCAUUCCUUCAGAAAUGAAGUUCUCCUUUGAAACUUCCAAAUUAUACUGUGUGUACUGUAUGUUUUAAAGGGAUGAAAUGACAGAGGUAUGGCUCAAAUGUUAUAUAUUUUGUUUUAUUAUCAUAAAUGGUUUCAAAAAACAAAUGUGUUGACAUGAUAUAUAGAUUGUGAAUAACAGGAUCUUAACAUAAUUAUUUUGAGUAGUUGGCUAGUAUACUUAUGUAAUUACAUUUACCUUCUUUUUUUUUUGUAUUCUUUGUGUAUAAUGUAAACGUUUGUUGCUUUUAUUGUUUAAGUCUCAUUUCAGAGAAGAUGCCAGAAGGUUUUUCAUGUUGAAAUAACAUAGUAUGGCCAUUAAAUAAAAAUUAAAUAAUUUCUUAGGACUUUAGCUUUAAAGAUUUUGUUGCUGCUAGAAAUUUAAUCUGUGGAUUGACAACUGGCUACAGUAAAUUGUUAAAAGUGCUCUGCAACAAUAGGGUGUUCAAAGUUCUGUGGUUAAAUGUGACUGAUAUUUUGUUUCAUUUAUAGAAUUAUUUAAGGUAUACCUACAUUUUAAUUUUUUUGUCUUUACUAUUGCAGCUAGGGCCUUUAAGCAUAACAUUCCAAGGUCUUAACUUUUAAAUGAUGGUAACUUCAUAAAUUACUCAGUUUUUCUUAUAGGAUAUUGUAUGAAAUGUGAUAAUGUUUUUGAUAGUUUAACAUAAAAAGAUUAAUUUUUAUUUAGUUUAAAGUUAGAUACAACAGUUAUUGUCAUAGAUAACAUCUCUUAAACUAAAGUGAUUUGCAUGAGAAUGAGUUUGAAAAUAUGUAGUGAUAUGCUUUUACUAAAUUUUUAAAUUUUAGUUAGUAGAAAAAAUCAGGAAAAAGAGACUGUUCUUUGAAUUAUAUUUUCUGGUGAAAGGUAUGAUAUGCAACUGAAAUUUUUAAACUAUUUGUAAAUCAGUUUUCAGGUUUAGUGUAUUUAUCACAACUACACUGUAGUUAUAGAAUACAAAGAGGGACUUGUAGCAUUUAUUUCAAAGUAAUAGCCCUUCCUUUUUUGUGCAUAAUGCUGUAUAUGUACCACCAUUAAGAAAUGAAAAAGACUGAUCAAACAUUACCACUUCUCUUCAGCUUGAGAGAAUAAUUAAAUUUCUCUUGAUGCUUUAGUUGUAUUAAGGUUUUUUUUGUUUUGCUUGAGAAGGUAAUUUUUUUCUCCAUAAAGGUGAGCCAGCACCUGAGGCUCUUUUUUGUUUUAACAGUAUUAUAUAUUUGACUUUUCCAACCUACCUAAUCCAGCAGAAUCUUGCAAUAAUAUUAAAUUUGAGGAUAUUUUAUUGCAACCAACAUAAAUAUUUCUCCAACUUUUUUUACACAUAUAGCAUUGGAACGUUUAUCAAUAUGUAUGUGCUAGUGUCUGUUAGUACGUCUUGCCGUGUCCAAUACUACGAACUGGUACCUGUCUACUCAGACAUUUGUCAUGAGGUUUUUCUCAAAAACUGUAUCUGCCAUUAAGUAUCUCGUAGUCGUUUAUGGUACUAGGACUUUUUUACUUUGUCUUUUCUAAACUAAAGUAUUUUGGUUGUUUGAUUUUUGUUCAUAGAUAAGUAGAUUUUUAAACCGAGAUGGAAUUUCCUAAUAAUUACAUUUGAGAUACUUGAAAGCUCAUCAUUAUCUUUAUAUUGAAAACUUCUGAUUUGGAGCAUCUCUCGUGGUGCUGAAAUCAACAGCUCUCAAUGUGAAUUCAGUUAGUAAUUUUUUAAGGGUUGUGUGAACUCUGCCGUCUGUCACCAUGACACUUGCAUUUUUUCUUUGCAUUGUAAUCUUACCCCUUAUCAACAGUGUGACUGAACCAAGAAUAAUUGCAACUACUAUUCAGGCUAUUAUAGCCUGCUUACAAACCUUUGCUGAAGCAUAAUUAAAAACAUACAGUAGAGAGUAAAUAGUAUCUGUAUGUAACUACUUCACUGCAUUAUUUACGCGUUAAAAAUUGCCAUAUUUUGGAUCAGAUUAAGAAUAGCAGUACUAUUUAUCACCGUCUUGUUUGUUUGUUUUUUGUCGUUUAUUUUUGUUUUUGAGGACUGUAAAGAUACCUUCACUAAAAGAUAAAUCGUUUGUUUGAAUAUUUCGAAUGUGGAAAUUCUAUUUCAUUUAUAAUUACUGAAGCUUCUACAAAAUUAAGUUUUAAAACUGUAAUUCGUGAUUCUUUCAAAGUGUUGUAUUUGUAUAUUAUAUAAAGGCUUAACACCUGAUCGAAUUGCUUGUAAAAUGUGGCUGAAAUAAGUUCGUUCUUAAAAUACGACGUAGAUGUUUUUACUAACACGCAUAAUUUGGACAACAAAUUUUAUGUUCUUGUUUAUUAAGUAUGUUGUUCUCACUUUUCUUGUGAGUUAUACUUCGGACAAAGAUCUCAUUGUUGAAAGGCAUAUCUUUCGUUUGUUCAAAUUCUAAUGCAUAGAAAUUAUGCUUAAAGUAAGAUGUGUCAUUUAUUAUUAUAAAAUAGUUUAGUCUCUAGUUUUUGUGUAUAACAUUUUUAAUUUCAAGUGCAUUUUAACGAAUUAGGGUAAAUGUUUUAGUUAUUAGUACAAAUAUACUUCUGAAGAAUUGUUCAUUAAUUCAAGGUUUUUGAGUUACGGUACUUGAACACCCUGGUAAUUUUUUGUAUUCAUACUUUAUAUGCAGUAGAUAAUAAUCUACAGAUCUAUUUAACUUUCUUGUUUUAUUUGUAAUACACCAUAACGACCCCCCAGUGACGCAACGCUAAGUCUGAUGACUUAUAACGCUAAAAACCAGGUUUCAGUACCCGUGGUUGGUACAGCACAGAUAGCCCAUUGUGUAGCUUUGUGCUUAACAACAAAAACACACAUACUGCAUCGUUUGUUUAAAGCUCACCAACUUUAGAAACGGAAAUAUAUAUAUAUGUAAUGUGCAAGUUUAAGCAGAUAGGGUUAUGCUUGUGGUUCUUUGAAUGUGACUGAUACAUCUUCACUGUAAAAACUACGUACGGAAACAAUUUCUUAGGGUCAAGAGGUGAUACAAACUACAAAAAAAUUCACUUUUCCAAUUCGGUCAUUAAACUAAUUCUCAAUACUAGACCUACUAAAAAUUCGAAAAGUUUCAACCAGUAAAGACCAUUCUAGGCAUUUCCUGUUCAAUUGUUUCUAUACAGCGCAAACAAAAGCAGUCGUGGUGGAGGAGACUUUUAGUAAACAAUGACAAUUUUAUCCCCAUGUAUAUAUUUAUAUAAAACAUCAUCAACAACUUGUGUAAUAUUGCAAACAAAUCUUCAAAUUAAGGCUGUAAAGUUUAAUGUAAAACCUGUUGUUUGUUUAUCAGAAUUCAUCUUUUUUAAAUAUUAUUUUAGUGCAAGUAUCUUGUUUGGAUUUUUUAAUGCUGUUUCUGAAUACUGUAGUCUUCCCGGUGAUUUUUUCCUAUUAACUUUAAAAUUGUGUUUCUACCAAAAGGUUAGUUAUAAAAAAUUAAUAAGGUACAUGUAAUCUUUGUCGUAACAUUUUUUUUUGUCUUCAAUUCCUGGUAUAUUUUCACUUUGAACAUGUGAGCAUCCAUCAGAAAUUAUAUCAGUUCAAGUUUGUUUUACGUUUUAUUCUGGUUGCUAUAGAGAAUAAUCUUUAGCUACUGAUGAAAAUUAUAGAUGCGUUCAAUUCGGAAUGAGUAACUAUAAAACUGUUUCUAAGGGGUUAACAUGGCAACAGUAUGUAAUUAGUCAAUCUGAGUUUGUUCUUUAACUGAAUUCAUCUGUCAUUGUGAAGUCGCCGUCUUCUCUGUGGUAGAAAUAAACUGUUGCUUUUCUUAAACGAAAAAUUCAGAAAUGAUUUGAGUGUGUGAGAAGUGACAUCAUAAUUUUCUUGUGUAAAUUGAGAAGAAUUGAGACAGUCAUGCAACUGUCAACUUUCAAAAAAUGUAAUUGGUGCUUCAGCUAUAAUCAAGAGAAUCGCUAUUUUUUUCAAACACUAGUAAAAAGUGACUGGAUUUUUCUAUUUCUGCUUGUAACUUGAAGAAUAAAAGGUGAUUGUCAGCAGUAAUAUGAAUAAAACUGCUUAUGUUUAUAUGUAAAAAAUAAUAUAAAAAAGAGAAUACUUACAGUGUAGAUGUGCAUGGAACCGUCCUCGAGUUUCAUUACACAGGAGAAGAAAGCUGGAUGUUUAUGGGUAUAUUUUAAAUAUGAUGUACUGUUAUGGCUCCUAGUUAAAGGAGAUCGUAAACUUAUGCUCCACUAUUUACGUUUAUGAUUAAAUUUUCGUGUUUUCGCUUCAAGAACGCAGAAGGGCUUGCAUCACCAAAAUCAUAGUUUAGCUUCAGUAUUAGUUUUAAUCAGAUAGCUUAUGACUCGAAUGAAUGUUAAGUUUAUAGUUCGUUAAGCUGUAAAAAAAUUAAAGCUAAAAUCUUUAGUAGAAAUAUUGUUUAUGAUCUCUUGUUAUAGUAGAAAGGUGUUGACUAUCUCAAACUUUUGGGAACUUUUAUAUAAAAACAGUGUUUAUAUUGCGCAUUAAAUGUUUUAUACUAUGAGAAAAAGUUUCCCAAGUUUUGUACUUUUACGAGUAGUGACAUAUAAGCAAAUGGAUUGGUAUGUUAAUUUUGCAUAAUCAUUUGAAGUAGUUAAUAACACUUCAGAAGAAACGAAGGAAUGCGAGAAUGUGUUGUGGUCUAAAACGUGUUGGAGGUAAGAGACGAUAUUUCUGAUAAAAAGGAUGUAAGUCAAUAUUAAGUAUCCUUGAAUAUACGGUUAUUCUAAAAUUUUAUUGGGAAUAAACGCUAAAUUAUUAUGUAACAAUGAAUUUUUUCUGUUUAUACAACGUAUCCAAAUCUAGUUUUGUAAUCAUGGCGUGGCUGCGAAAAGGUAGCUUUAGAUAUGAUGUGUGUGUGUGUGUGUGUAAAGGAUUUUUACAGUACGAAAGCCUUUUCAAAUUAAUAACUGACAUCAGCUAUAUAUGGUGAACUUAAUGUUUAAUUAUUCGUUAUUAAGAAUCAGCUGUUUUUUCAUAAAUAAUCAUGAUCUUCGGAUCAAUGUAUUGUUGGCAUAGACGUUCUUUGAGAUCUCAUGACAUUUUUCGCCGGUCAAGGUUUUCAACGCACAUGUAAUUUGCAAGUUUGACCAUCAGCUGUACAAAAUAAAUGUGUUGUCAGUGUAUA